CGCGCUUCCAAUCUAUUAAUUGACUAAUAAAGAAAUAUAUUUGGAUUUGUUUACUAAAUUCUAACAGCAAGCACGCAAUCUUUUUCUUCUUCUUUCUUCCUUUCAAAGACCCCCGAAUCUGAAGUUUGUUGCUUUCACGAUCUCUUUUCUUUAAACUAAAGUGAAGAAGACUUACUGUUCAGAAGAUCAUCUCCAAAUUGUUUUUUUCUCUCUGGGUUUCCAUUUUUCUACUACUUUUCCUGGGUGUUGCAGAAUAAACAAGAAAAGGGUUUUGUUGUUCUUCAAAUUCUAGUGCCUGGAAGUUGGAACUGCUGCUGAAAGGCAUGAUUGCAUGUUUUAGGCUGAAUUAUGUGCCUUGAAAUGAACUAUCUGAUUCCGUAAUUGAAUGACGAAUUUGUACUGUGCAUAUUCACACUUCUCACCAUGUAGAUUUGAGGGGUUACGACUUUUAAAAACAGACUGAUUUACAGCAAUAUCAUCCUUGGAUCGCCUUAGUGGUUGGAUGUUGAAAUCUGUGGGAACAAAUACAGUUGGCCCCUUAUAUGUCUUUGCUAGGAUUUGACAUCUUGAUUUAAUAUUUACUAAAUAUUGUUAUUAAUGGCCGCUGAGGGGACUGAAACUCCACCAACCUCUGACAAAGUUACUCCCAAAGAUCGAAGGAGAAACUCAACAGGAAAAACAACCACUUCUGGAAGUGAGGAAAAGAAAAUUCCUCAUUAUCUCAGUGCUACCUGCAAUACCUCCAAUUCCUGUCACGAUUUCUGUAAAUAUGGAAGGAAACAUGAUUUUGAGGAGGAAAAACGCCCCAGACUGAAAGAACUAAGAGCAAAAAUGAUUCAAGACAAAAAGGCGGGUAAAACUGUAAAUCCUGUGGAGAUAAGAUAUACACCAAUCAAGUCUAAGGCUUCACCUCAUCAACCAGUUCAGGUAUAUGAAGCACCCAAAAUCAUCAAGGAGGCAGCAUCUUCUAAGAGAGAAAAUGUUUCUGAGCAGAAUGCUUCUCCUGAUCAACUAGUUGGGGUAUCUGAAACACCCAAAAUCAUGAAGAAGGAGACAGCAUCCUGCAAGAGAACAGAUGUGUCUAAGCCGAAGUCUUCUCCUGAUCAACUAGUUCAGGUACCUGAAAUACCCAGAACUAUGAAGAAGGAGCCAACAUCCUUUAAGAGAACAAAUGGUUCUGAGCCGAAGGCUUCUCCUGAUCAACUAGUUCGGGUACUGGAAACACCCAGAGCUAUGAAGAAGGAGACAACAUCCUUUAAGAGAACAAAUGGUUCUGAGCCGAAGGCUUCUCCUGAUCAACUAGUUCGGGUACUUGAAACACCCAAAAUUAUCAAGAAGAAGGCAACUUCCUUUAAGAGAACAGACAUUUCUGCAAAGCCUUCAACAGAAAAGUCAUCUCCCUCUCCUUUGAGUACUUCAGGUGGCAUGACGGGUAGAAGGAACAGCGAAAGCAAGGUACUAAAAAUGGAUGGGGUCUCCAAAAUAGGUCAGAAGAAAACUGUGGUGUUACCAAAAGCUUCAUUAUCUCCAAGACUUUCUAUUAACAGAGUGGCAAGCUUAAUAACUAAGUCUAAGGUCCUGAAGACCGGAGCUUCUCCUUCGAAGAAUCCAAAGGUUAAGAAGGAUGGAUCUAAUGAAGAAGUACGAGAAAAAACCUUGUAUAUUAUCAGCCCACAACCCAAGGAAGGAAACUUGGAAGCCGGUUAUAAUCUGACACGUUUGCCUGAGAGAGAUGUGGAAAAAGAUGGUCAAGAAGGAGAAGAAUAUGAAGAGUCUGAAUAUACAACUGAUGAUGAAAUUGAGGCUCUGUCAGAGACUGGUGAAGAUGUAAAUGGGAACCCAGUAGACAAAGAAAAAUACAAGAGGGGGCCAAGAAAGACCGUUGGCGUUGAAGAUGAAGAAGUAGCUCGAAAGUUAAACUUUAGGAGGGGAAAAGUGGUCAACCCUCAGGCAGAAAAUAAUGGUGCUAGGAGACUCAAAUUCAAUAGAGGAAAAGGGUUAGACAGCAAUCAAAAUGGUGCUACUGACAAUAGGAGAAGAUAUAGGAAGACCGAAGUGAAUAAUGAUGAUACAAACAAUGGUAAACCCAAAUCUGAAAAUGUUGUUCUAAGGCAUCAAGAUGCACAGGAAAAGAAAGACGCCCAGGGCUUGUAUAAUAAUGUCAUUGAAGAAACUGCAAGCAUGCUUGUCGAGAAAAGAAAAAGCAAGGUGAAAGCAUUGGUGGGUGCUUUCGAAACUGUUAUUUCCCUACAAGAGAGCAAACCUUCUACCCACCAGAACUGAUUGAAAACUCGCUGAAGAGAAAGAAAUCUCCCUCACAUUUUUAUACAACAAGCCUUAAGUUUUUUUUGUUUUUGAGGUGAUGCUGGAGUUGAACUAUCUUUCUGGAAGGUGUGUAAAUAAACAAAAUUCUCAGUUGCAAUGUGGGAAGCGUGUUCCUGUAUACUCCAAUGUGUGCUUUUGUUUGUAGGAAGAGGUAUGCGUUCAUUUUUUUUUUUACUGCUUCUUGACUGAGACACUAAUGCUAAUGUGAUCCUUGUUAUUAUACAUUGUGAGUCUGUGACUGGUGUAAUAACUCUGUAACUUGAUUUAGUAAAAAUGACUCCUAGUUUUAUCGGGUCA